CCAAGGCUCCCUCCCUCCCUAACGACCUGCCACUCAACAUUCCUUUUACACUCCAUUCAAGGUCAUCGAGCACGUGCAUAUGAUUAAGUGCCGACGAGCAUGAAUUCAGAACGUCAGAAGAGUCCCUCAGGGCCAGGAGACACCAAAGAUCCUACUAGCAUUUCAGCAGACGAAGCCUCUCAUUCGGUUCAUCCAGCUCCACGUGAGCUUCGACAAGAAUACCGUGUCUUUCCAACAGACUACAAUAACGUUGCCGAAGUGACCGAAGCCGAGGCUCAUCUGAAAGCCGUGUCAAUUGAUAGAGAAGUCACCCAGAACAGGCGUGCCGGGGACGUCAGAUCGUGGAGUGUUAUGUUGAGUGAAAAUACAGCAGACCAGCUCAGGGCAUAUCAUGGUAUACGAGAAGUCUCGCCAGUUCCCCCCCACCUUCGCCGCCGCGAUAAACCCAUAAAAUAUGGCGCAUACGCAAAAGAGCCGGGGAAGAACACACAAGCGAUUCGGGACUUUCUGACCUCUUUGGUCCCAGAAGAAGAGCGACAAUUCAUCAAUGAGCUUGAAGAUGAUGCGGGCAACAUCCUAGCAUGGGGCGCGCUGAAAUUGAGCGAGGACGCGCGCAAGGAGGUCGAGAGUCAUGACGAACUCGACCUGAUCGAGGACGUUGUUGAAUGGAGCUGAGCACUGUCAGAAACCGCGCAAUGUAGCCCGCCCGCUCCCUUUUGAUAGAUUAUCGGCGCUACGACGCAGAUACACACCCUUUUUAAAGCGCGCUCCUAGUGAAUGAAUAUGCAAAAAGGCACACCAGAGGAUUCAUGAAGGCUGCAGCGAAUGUC